CUCCACGGUGGAUAAGUCUGGGACACGAAGCCGUUAAAGGACACCCUCGUUAGUCGUUACUCUCCUCAAGUUCCUCUGAUGGCGUCGACGGCUCUCUCUCUUUCCUUGGCUACAUUUUCUUCGCCAACAGCUUUGUUCUCUAACACGAAGACCUUCAUUGCUGGCCUCAAGUCCCAUGAAAGAACGUUAUCGUCUUCAUUUUUGGCAACCAGAACGAGUUUCUGUCAAACAUUGAGAAGCAGGCCCAUGAGCUUGAGAAAAGGUUCUAGGGGCGUUACUUGCUCGGCUCCUUCAGCUCUUCCAUCGGCUCUUCUUUUUGACUGCGAUGGCGUGCUCGUCGAUACAGAGAAGGACGGGCAUCGUAUCUCUUUCAAUGACACUUUCAAAGAAAGAGAAUUGGGUGUUAUCUGGGAUGUAGACUUGUACGGGGAGUUGCUGAAGAUUGGGGGAGGAAAAGAAAGGAUGACAGCCUACUUUAACAAGACAGGUUGGCCGGAAAAAUCUCCAAAGGGUGAAGAAGAAAGAAAGGAGUUCAUAGCUUCACUUCACAAGAGAAAGACAGAGCUGUUCAUGGCCCUUAUUGAGAAAAAACUGCUCCCUCUUCGGCCGGGUGUUGAAAAGCUGAUUGAUCAAGCUUUACAAAAAGGAGUCAAAGUUGCCGUGUGCAGCACUUCAAAUGAGAAGGCGGUCUCUGCAAUAGUAUCAUGUUUGUUGGGACCUGAGCGGGCAGAAAAAAUCAAGAUAUUUGCAGGAGAUGUGGUUCCCCGCAAAAAGCCUGAUCCAGCCAUCUAUGUAUUAGCAGCCAGCACUCUGGGUGUUGAUCCUUCAAGCUGUGUUGUGGUAGAGGACAGUGCCAUUGGCCUUGCAGCAGCCAAAGCCGCUGGAAUGAAGUGUAUCGUUACCAAGAGCGGUUACACAGCCGAUGAAGACUUUUUAAAUGCAGAUGCAGUCUUUGACUGCAUUGGAGAUCCUCCAGAGGAGCGGUUUGACUUGUCAUUCUGUGGAAGCCUUCUUGAGAAGCAAUACGUUAGCUAGGUCAUGUAAGGAGUUGUUUAACCCUGCUCAUAUUAUUCUUCAAUGCUUAUUGGCUCUAAGUAGGCCAUAUCUAUUGUUUUGAAUAUCUUUUAAAAGUUAGCACAAAAAGGCCUUGCAUUACCAAUAAGACUUUUAGUGCUAUAAUCUAUGAAAUACUAUUUGUAUGCUGAAUUUAGAUUGCUUUUAAGCUAGUCUCAUAAGAUGUACAGAUUUAUGAUGGCAGUAUGCCCAUGGACAGCUGGCUUGCAUUCAAGUGGACAAGUAAUCCGGUUUAAGAACAUAUAUUAAAAGGUCAGAUGAUGUAGUUGGCUCCA